AUAGACACAGGGAGCUUUCACGCCCCCCAGGACUGGGAUCAGGAGCCGCCCCACUGCCGGGCCGCCCCCUGUCCCACCCCCACCAUGUCAACCUCGUCGCUGCGGCGCCAGAUGAAAAACAUCGUCCACAACUACUCGGAGGCGGAGAUCAAGGUGCGAGAGGCCACGUCCAACGACCCCUGGGGCCCGUCCAGCUCGCUCAUGUCGGAGAUCGCCGAUCUCACCUACAACGUCGUGGCCUUCUCCGAGAUUAUGAGCAUGAUCUGGAAACGGCUCAACGACCACGGCAAGAACUGGCGCCACGUCUACAAGGCCAUGACGCUGAUGGAGUACCUCAUCAAGACGGGCUCGGAGCGCGUGGCCCAGCAGUGCAAGGAGAACAUCUACGCCAUCCAGACGCUGAAGGAUUUCCAGUACGUCGACCGCGACGGCAAGGACCAGGGCGUCAACGUGCGGGAGAAGGCCAAGCAGCUGGUGGCCCUGCUCCGGGACGACGAGCGGCUCAGGGAGGAGCGGGCCCACGCCCUCAAGACCAAGGAGAAGCUGGCGCAGACCUCCACGGCCUCCUCGGCCUCGGCCGCCAGUGCCCCGGCAGAGGCGGAGCAGGCCUGGCCGCAGAGCAGCGGCGAGGAGGAGCUGCAGCUGCAGCUGGCGCUGGCCAUGAGCAAGGAAGAAGCGGAGCAGGUAAGGAGCAAGCCCCCCGUCGCCGUCGCCGAAGAGGACCUGCAGCUCCAGCUUGCUCUUAGCUUGAGCAAAGAGGAGCACGACAAGGAGGAGCGGAUCCGGCGCGGGGACGACCUGCGCCUACAGAUGGCCAUCGAGGAGAGCAAGAAGGAGGCAGUGCCGGCCAAGGGCGAGGAGUCAUCGCUGAUGGACCUGGCCGAUGUCUUCACCUCGCCGGCCCCCCCUGCUGCCGGGGACCCAUGGGGUCCCCCCGCCCCCACCGACCCAUGGGGUGCCUCUGUGCCCGCUCCCGCUGGGCCACCUGCUCCUGACCCCUGGGGAGGAGCUCCUGGGGGCGUGGCUUCCACUGGCGACCCAUGGGGAGCAUCCGCCUCUGUCACGGCCCCGGGAGACCCCUGGGGGGGCCCCCCGGCCGUCGCCAGCUCCGACCCCUGGAACCCGGAGGGGACGGGCCCUUCCCCACUCCCUGCUGGGGGCGUUGCAGUGAGUGCAGCGGCCCCCGCCGGUGACCCGUGGUCGUCGGGCCCAGCCGCAGCCCCCCAAGGGAAACCCGCGGCCGACCCCUGGGCCCCUGCGCAGACCUUCCCCGACCACUGGGGAGGGUCGCCUUCGAAAGCCAGCACCAACGGCACCGCAGCCGGUGGCGCCUUUGAGCCGGACGAGUUCUCGGAUUUCGACAGCCUGCGCCCGGCGCUGCCCAAGUCGGGGAGCAGCACAGGGGAGCUGGACCUGCUGGCCGGGGAGGUGCCGAUGACGCGCUCGGCCGGCGCCCGGAGCCCCAGCACCUUCGACAUGGCAGCUGUCGGGGGCUCGCUGGCCGAGGCCUCCAAACCCACCCGCAAGACCCCCGAGUCCUUCCUGGGCCCCAACGCCGCCCUGGUGGACCUGGAUUCGCUGCUCAGCAAACCCCAUGCGCCCCCCACUGCCAAGACCUCCAACCCCUUCCUGGCCACAGGGACAGCGCCCGCGUCCCUGACGGCACCCGGAGCAGCCAGCGCCUCGGCCACCAACCCAUUCCAGCCGGCCCAGCCCCCCUUGCUGACCCUCAACCAGCUCCGUGUCAGCCCCGUCAUGGGGCUGGGCCCCCCUGCCGCCCCCUUCGCCCCCACCAUGGGCUCAGUCACCCCCCUGGGGCCAGUCAUGCCCAUGGUUGGGGUCCCGCCCCCUGGCCUGUCCCCCGUGGCCAUGCCCCCCAUGUUGCCCCCCCAGCCCGUCGUGCCCACCAGCGCCUCUGUCCAGUCCAUGGGCAACACAAACCCCUUCCUGCUAUAAGGGGGCCGGCCCGGGGGUGGGGGGUAUGAGAGGGGAGCCCCCCGAGGGGCUGCUUGGGGAGGGGGAAGGGAGCCCUGGGGCAGCCCAUGCCAUGGGGGAGGCAGGCGGGGGGGGGGCUGUUGGGUGUGGGAUCAGAUUCUCCCCUUCAUGGGCAGUACCCCCCCUUACCCGAGAAUUCCUAAGUGGGGGCAGGGAGGCAUUAUUAAGCCCCGCCCCCUGUAUAGCUCCACCUCCAAGUCCUGCCCCAUCUCUCAGAAGUGGGGGUGCUCCUGCCCCUUUAAGUUAUAGCUAUGCCCCCCCGCCCCCCACUGAUCACACUACUGGCCCCCCCGGCCAUGUCAUCCCCUCCAGGGCCCACCUGCCUGCCCCAGGGGCUAAUGGGACAUCCCCCCACCCCCGCAUCUGCUCCAGAUCCCGGGGGCGGGAUCCAUCCCCAUCUGGCCCAGGUUCUGCUUCCUGACACCCCCCCCCCCCGCAGACGUGGCCCCAGGGGGCCAGAGCGACGGUCUCCAACUGCAGCUCCAGAGACGACCCCCCCGGGACGCAUGGGGGCCUUGCUGCCAGGGGAGGGCAGCGAUGGCCGCCAUGACCCCCUCACGCCAGCAUCUCCUCUGGAGCCACCUGGGCGGGGCCACUGGACUCCCCCCCUCCUGUGAGAGACUUGCUGUCCGGGGGGGCUGCCUUAAUCCCCCCCAGCUCAUGGAGCAGGGCCGGCACUAGGAUUGAAACCCAAGACUGGACCCCGCGGGGCCUCUGCUGCUGGCCUGUGGACUGAAGUGUAUGGGGGGGGCCAGGUCUGAGCCGCACAUGAUCCCCGCCCCCCAGGAUGUGCAACAUCGACAGCGCCCCCUGCUGGCUGUGUGUUCAUAAUCCCUGAUUUCCCCCCUGCAGCAUGAUCCCUGCCCCCUCCCCCCGAGGGCAGAGGGGGCAGGGGGCUUGUGUGAGUGGCUGUGAUGUGAACCCAGCUUCCCUCCUGUCCCCAGAGUCAACCCUCCACUGCAGGGGAGGGUCCCCCAAUGCCCCUUGAUUUCCCCCCAAUCACAACCUGUGUAUGAAUUCUCCCAGGUGUGCCCCCCACCCCCUUCACCAAUCAACUGCAGGGAGGUGGGGGCUGCCCUCCCCCCCCGGCCCCCCAACCCCCAGCAAUGUCAGAUCCUUUUCUGUAGUUGUGCGGGGUGGGGGUGCUCAGAAGGGGGGGCUGAUCCUUAAGCCUGCCCCCCCUGCUGGGGGGAGAGGUCCCCCAUCUGAUUUCUGCCCCCCCAUUUGUGUCAUGCCCCCCCCCCCAGUGUAUGCAGAAUGUGCUAAAAUGAAUUAAUAAUAAAGUGAGAUUCUUCUAAGGCA